UGCUAAUGAACCUCGGGGUUUACUCGGAUAAGGCGCUGCAGAUAUUUACUCCCUACUUUAUCAUCUUCACACUGGCGCAAAAAACGGUCUGUGUGGCUUAUAUUUACCAGACUGUAGGCGGAAUCAAUUGCACUACUUUUUCUACACUACCCUGCUGAAAGAAAUACCGAACUUCAACUUUGUUUUCAUACAUUUCGUUGGGAGUAACCUCUUUUACGGUUUUACUUAUUUUCUCUGAUGAGGAGUUCCAACUACUAGCUAGCAUACCAACUGAUACGAAGUAGACUCCCAUGCCGGAAAUUGCGGAUUGGGAUCCUAAAUAAACCGGUCGUGUAAAGAUUCUCAAAGAUCAGUCGGUGACUAUCAAUGCUUGGAAUAAACUCAAGAGCAUCGCAUUGUGACAGCUGGGAGAUGGAGUACGACUGCUAUCAGCACUAUUUCUUAGAUGACCUUGACAAAGAGGAGGAUUUCUACAAGUCAACCGCACCAAGUGAGGACAUAUGGAAAAAGUUUGCACUAUUGCCCACCCCUCCCAUGUCUCCUAACAGGACAAUCAGCGGUGGUACCUUGUACUUUACCCCUGGAGACAAGUUCGGCUGGCUGUCCAAGGUCUUGGGCCAGGACGAGGAGUACGAGGGACCCGACACCGYAGAGCUUUUUGGGAACAUGAGUUCCAUUAUUAUCCAGGACUGCAUGUGGAGUAGUUUCUCGGCCAGUCAGCACUUGGAGAAAGUCAGUGAGCGCCUGUCAGCUGCAGCCCAGGCUCGUCUCUCCCCACCAGCACCCCAGAACAAUGUGACUAUGAGUGCCAGCAAAGCACAGUGCACCCCGCUGACCCCACCUGACUCUCCACUGCCCAGCACUGUGGCAACAGAAUGCGUUGACCCAGCGGCUGUGCUCACCUUCCCAACCAUCGGCUGUAGGAAACCGGCAUCAUCGGGCUCUGAGUCUCGCUCCGAUUCCUCUGACGACGACGAUGCGGUGAUUGACGUGGUGACUGUGGAGAGCAAGCAGAGCCGAGCCCGACUGGUGGGCAGCCGUAAGCCUGUGACCAUCACUGUCCGAGCUGACCCCUGCCCAAAGCGUUUCCACAUGUCUGUGCACCAGCAGCAGCACAACUACGCAGCCCCUUCCCCUGAUAGCGACCCUGAGGAUGAUGAGGAACCACAGAGUAAACGGUCCUAUCCAGACUCCAGCCACCACCAGCAGCCAGACUCCCCCACAGCUUCCUCUGCAGACAGCCCCCAGAGCUCUGACGCUGAGGACACUGACCGCCGGAAGAACCACAACUUCCUGGAGCGGAAGAGGCGGAACGACCUUCGCUCUCGCUUCUUGGCACUGCGGGAUGUGAUCCCGGGCCUGGUGGAGUCGGCCAAGGCCCCUAAGGUGGCCAUCCUGACCCAGGCCACAGAGUACCUGCUCCAGCUGCACAGCAGAGAGAAGCACCAGGCUCAGGAGAGGAAACGCCUCAAAGCCCGCCAGCAGAAACUCCUCCGGAGGCUAGCCGACCUUAAACGCUCCUGAGGAUAGAAACUAACUAUGCAACAGACUCUUAACAAAUAAACUGCCUCAUUCUCAGAAGCCAAUGACUAUUCUCUAUUAGCAAAGUUWAAAAAAAUGAAUAAACUGAACUUUAUGCGAUGGACUUCUUUUAAAACUGUGGAUCUCAGAGUCUGUGAACCCAUGGUGGGAGAGGCUGGUGUUGUUUUUAUUUAUGUUUUCUCUCUUUGCACAUUGAGUGAUGACAUGGUGGUAGUGGACUAGAUGAGACAGAAACAUGUUGUGUUGAUAUUGGUAGGUGAUGCUGUGAUUAAACCAGAAUGAAACUUACUUCCAAAUGUCAUGUCUCUUGUUUGUCAGUUAAGUUCCUUGAUAGCCUUGUCUGUUUAUUUCUGUGAUGAAUAGUCCAUGCACACUUGGAUUGAAGUUUAUUGAUGAAACACUGUAAUGUGUACACUGGGAGGGACUAAUCUUUUUYUUUUCAUGACUGAUUUAUUUUGAUGUACAAAUUGUUCUGUAAAUAAUAGCAUAUUGCUCUGUUAAGGAGACAUGAAUAUUGCUAUUCUCUAAAACUGGCUUUAGAGCUUCUAUUUUGUUAAAAUGACAAAAGUAGAACUGCUAUACUUUAUAAUUACACAUGUCACUUUGCGAUGCUAUURUUUACUGCUUAUUCCUCUUGGGUUGAAUUUAAUUUGUGUACACAUGACCAGAUGCAUAAAAUGUUGAUACCAGAUUCCAAGAAUUGUGAUUUUGUUUCUUUGAUGGUUCUUUCAGAUUAUAUUGCAACAGCAUUGUUACACUGCUUAAAUUCACUAGCAUGUUAUUUCCUAGCUAAAAUGACUUUUUAAACAAGACUGAUUAAAAGAGAACCAGCAUGACACACGGACUAAAUCAUGAAUGCAUAAAGAUUUUACAAAAGG